CUGAGAGCCCAAGCGACUCAACGGCUGAUAGAUAUAUAGAGAGAGAUAGAUAGCUGAUAGAAACAUAGCCUACUGUAGUGCGAUAAUAUAAUCUCUAAAUACAGUUUAAAACAUCAAAAGAGAAUUGAACUGAAAACAACAACAAUAGAUCAAGACCCCAUCUGGUGUCAAAAGGGUCCAUGUGUUAUGAUUAGAAGAACACACUAAAUCAUCCGUUUUGAGGGGGAAAAAAAAGUGGAUUUUCUUACCUUUUUGGACAAAACAAAAAGGAAGAAAGACACAGUGAGUGAGCAGGAGGAGGGUCAGCCAGAGAGAGGAAGAAGAGGCAACACAGCAAAGCAUCUUCACCGUUCUCAUCCCAGAGGGGCUACCUGCUGAUCUGUCAGUGCACACUACUCUCCUCUGCAAGCCACACACACUCCAUCCAGAGAGAGAUGGCUGCAGCCAAGACGGAGCUCCUUCCUGCUCUGCAGAUCUCAGACCACCUGAGCUUCCCUCACUCCCCCAUGGAUAACUACCCCAAGCUGGAGGAGAUGAUCAUGCUCAACUCUGCGGGCAUCCUGAACGCCUCCGCACCCGAGGGCACCGGCUUUGGCUCUGGGGAACCCGGCGAGCAGUAUGACCACCUGACUGGAGAUAGUCUUCCUGAAAUUACACUGAGCUGUGAGAAGUCCCUGGCUGACCAGAGUUAUGCCCCUCAGCGGCUGCCCCCCAUCUCCUACACGGGCCGCUUCACCCUCGAACCUGCCAACUGUAGCAACAGCUUGUGGGCGGAGCCUCUGUUCAGCCUGGUCAGUGGAUUGGUUGGUGUCAACCCACCCGCCACUUCCAUCACAUCUUCUUCAACUUCUCAAGUCACUCCCUCCUCUUCACCUGCUUCAACUUCAAGCUCGUCCUCCUCUUCCUCCUCCUCUUCAACAUCGUCCUCAUCGACAUCCAGCCCCAGCCUGAGCUGCUCGGUGCACCAGAGUGAGCCCAACCCCAUUUAUUCAGCCGCCCCAACCUACUCCAGUGCCAGCCCUGACAUCUUCCCUGAGCCUACUGCCAACUUCCCAUCAGCAGUGGGUAGCAACCUGCCAUACCCACCCCCAGCUUACCCCAGCAGCAAGGCAUGUGGUGCCAGCUUCCCUGUUCCCAUGAUCCCUGACUACCUGUUUCCCCAGCAGCAAAGUGAGAUUGGCCUGGCGCCGGCUGAGCAGAAGCCCUUUCAGACGCAGCAGCCUUCACUUACGCCGCUGUCUACUAUCAAGGCCUUUGCCACGCAGACAGGCUCACAGGAGCUCAAGAGCGUCUACCAGGCACAGCUCAUCAAGCCCAGCCGUGUGCGCAAGUACCCAAACCGGCCAAGCAAGACACCACCACACGAGCGGCCCUACGCCUGCCCUGUGGAGACGUGCGAGCGGCGUUUCUCUCGUUCCGAUGAGCUCACACGCCACAUCCGCAUUCAUACGGGCCAGAAACCUUUCCAGUGCCGUAUCUGCAUGCGCAACUUCAGCCGCAGCGACCACCUCACCACUCACAUCCGUACACACACCGGUGAGAAGCCCUUCGCCUGUGACAUCUGCGGACGCAAGUUUGCCCGCAGUGACGAGCGCAAGCGUCACACUAAGAUCCACCUGCGGCAGAAGGACAAGAAGGCUGACAAAGCCACCUCAGUCUCCACCACCAUCCAGAACUCCAUCACCUCUGUCUCCAUUUCAGUCCCCUCACCCGUGUCAAGCUACCCAUCUCCGAUCACCUCCUACCCCUCUCCAGUUUCAUCCUUCCCUUCUCCGGUAGCCUCCUGCUAUUCCUCUCCUGUCCAUACAUCCUACCCAUCUCCCUCCAUCGCCACCACUUACCCAUCUCCCUCCACCACCUUCCAGACCCCCGUGGCCACCUCCUUCCCCAACUCCAUUGCCAGUAACAUCUACAGUUCUCCGGUUACAACCCCACUGACCGAUAUGCAGGCAUCCCUUUCUCCACGGACAGCUGAAAUCUGCUGAGACUGUCCUCCAUGCCGUCUUCCUGGUCCUCCAUCACAUUUGCUCGCAUCUGAGAGGGUGAGAAAGUGUUAACAGACUUGUCAAUUUCCCCUUCUGCAAAAGCACUUUUUCUGGCCACACUCUCCUUGACGUUGAGUUAAGUAUUCGAACGGUCAAGGACUCAAAGACAUCUGAAAAGAAAAGGGACUUUCGUUCUUUUAUUCUCUUGCCUCAAAUGAGGCUUUCAAGACUUUUUAAGGACAACAAAGUAAAGCAACAGGCUUUGGCAAGUUUCUUCUGCGUGUAUAAAACAUAAAUAAGGAAAAAGGACCUUAUUGUUGUAAACUAAUGCCUGCAGGUUUCAAGCUCAAAUGUCCUCAACAGGCAUUUACAAACAGACAUUAAAUAAUAUACAUAAGCUACAGUAUAUGUAUAUUGUACAUGUGCCAUGUUUGAGGGGUUUUUGUUUGUUUGUUUGUUUGUUUGUUUCAUUUUUCGUACCAUUGUUGUGAAAAUUGAUUUGAAUAUUUUCAUUGUAUUAUCCUAAAUUGAGCAGGGCCAUAUUUUAUACCUUCUGUAGUACGUAGUGAAAAUGCUGUGAUAAGUUUUUUGACUCUGUUUGGAUAAAGAGCACUUACGUAUUCUGACGCAUGUGUAAGAGUAAUGUUACUUUCUCUUAUUUUGUAAAUAUCAUCCGCUGGUACUCUCUCUCUCUCUCUCUCUCUCUCUCUCAAAUGUGACAUCAAAAGAUCUGCUAAAUGGAGGGAAUUAUUACAAAGAAAAAAAAAAGCAUCAAAUCUUCAAAAUUUUCGGUGCCUUUUGAAAAGCCUUGCAGAUAUUCUGACAGAUACGCGCGAGUGGAUGCUUUGCAUCUGGCCUUAAGGUUUAAGGGAAUUUUUCUUUUUCUCCUUUUUUUUUUUUCCUUUAUUCAGAAAGUCAUUUCAAGGAACGAAGGGAAACAAUACGAGGGCACUGCUUCAUGUUUUUGGGAUGUAAGCAAAAAAGAAAUCUAUAUUUUUGUAACUGAAAUGUACAUAUCUACAGGAGUUGGAAUGCUGUAGUUACCUACUGAGUAGGCAUGGGAUUUUUUGUAUGUUAUUUACAUGCAGUCCAUUAUUUUGUUGUUAUUAUUUUUAUUUUGUAUUUGUGUUUGUUUAGAAAAGUGACUGUUUAUGGCUUCUAAACACAUUGAAUGCGCUUAACUGCCAAUGGGAUAUUUGAUGUACAAGAUAUCCUUCCUAAACAGAUACAUAAAUAAAAUAUAAAUAUAUAUACUAUAUAUUUAUAGUAUAUAUAUAUAUACAACGUUUAA